AUGGCUUUAACUUUUGAACCAAUUUCACAAAUUUCUUCAUCAAAACCAGCUGGAAACAUUAAGGCUAGAGUUGUUAGAUUAUGGAAACUUUCUGAUUUCAACAGAAACACUUUACCAUUUUCUAUUGAAAUGGUGUUAAUGGAUUCUGAGGGGAGUAGGAUUCAUGCCUCAAUCAAAAAAACUCUAUGGUAUAAGUUUCAAUCUGAAAUUCGCGAAGGCAAAGUUUAUUCAUUUGAAAACAUGGGUGUUGCUGCUAAUGGGGGGAGCUAUAAGACCACCCAUCAUCCAUAUAAGCUGAACUUCCAAUUUGGAACAAAAUGUUUGCCAUUGUUUGGUGCAUUAGUGAGUGGUUCUGAUUUUAAGUUUGUUCCAAUUUCUGACAUAGUAGGUGGUUCUUAUGAUUGUGACUACUUGGUUGAUGUUAUUGGAAUGUUGACGGGUGUUGGCACAGAGAGAGAAUAUGAACGCAAUGGCAGUGCUACCAAACUCAAUGUCAUUGCCAUGGAAGCUGAUGGAUACAAGCUUCAGUGCACUUUGUUUGGGACUUAUGUAGAUAAGUUGAACACGUUUUUGGCAACUGGUGAAACUGCUAAUGUUGUAGUGUCUAUUCAACUAGCUAAGGUGAAGGUUUUUCAAGGGGAGUAA